AUGAAAGCAGGCGGUGGACCUGGUUUUGUGCCCAAUCCUCCAUAUAUGCUGCCUCCACGUCAAUUUGACCAUUACUAUGCACCAGCAGACAUGCUUCCUUUAGACAAUCAGCCUCCACCUGCUUAUGGCAGAGAUGCAUCUAUGGGAGCUCAUACAAGCAUGCAACCGCAACAGUCAAUGCUCACAAAGAACUUUGAAAGCAAAGCUACUGUUUUUGCUUGGGUGGCACUGGAAAUGUCUUUACAAAGCUGGCAUGCAAUUUUUCAUUGGACACCUCCACUUAAUAUCUCUGUAAAACCACCACGGGCUCUAUUGAAACUGUCUUUACAUUUUGCAGUCUGGCAGAACGUGCAAAUCCCUCUGUCAUAUGCACAUGUUGUUGUUGGCACCUCUGGAUCACAUAUUAGCUAG